GACCCCGCGUGGGGGGCGGGGCCUCUUUGCGAGCGGGCGGCGGCCAUGGCGGAGCCGCGGGUUCUGGUGAUCGACGGGCGCGGGCACCUCCUGGGCCGGCUGGCGGCGAUCGUGGCCAAGCAGGUGCUGCUGGGCCGCCGCGUGGUCGUGGUUCGCUGCGAGGGCAUCAACAUCUCUGGGAACUUCUACCGCAACAAGCGUGAGUGGCCCGGGGGUCCCGGAUCCCGAAAUUCCUGGGUUUUCCAGAGGAAGCGGAUGGUGGUGCCGGCUGCCCUCAAAAUCAUCCGCCUCAAACCCACGCGCAAGUUUGCCGUUCUGGGCCGGCUGGCACACGAGGUGGGCUGGAAGUACCGGGACGUGACCGAGGCCCUGGAGGAGAAGCGGAAGGAGAAGGCCAAGCUCCGCUACAACAAGAAGAGGAAGAUGAUGAGCCUGCGGCGCCGGGCCGAGCGCAGCGCGGAGAAGAAAGCGGCGCCGUUCACGGCAGUGCUGCGGCAGCACGGGAUCCUGCUGUAACCAACCCAAUAGGGGCUGUAAUAAACCCAAACUGGGAUACACUGGCA